UUAUUACAAUUUAACCUUGAGUAAAAUCUUAUAAAAGAAAAAAACACAAAACAAAUUUUUUUAAUUUUUUAAUUGAAAUUUUUGCAUUUAAUUGAUUGUAAUUAUAAAGUAUAACAUUAGAAGAAGAAAAAGAAGAAAAACAGAAAAACACAAAAUGGAUUAUGUUAUAAAAGUUUACAAAGAUUGGAAAUUUCAUUCUCAAUUUACAGAAAUUAUACCAGAUAUGGAUGACAUGGAUAUGUUCAAUGAAAAACAAUCAAUACGUGAUUCAGCUAGAUCAUUAAAAAAGUAUGGAAGUACCUGUAAUCAUAUCAGAAAUAGCAGUAGUGAAGUAUUAAUUAGACAUGAAAUUGAAAAAACAGAUACUCUCCAAGGAAUAUCAUUAAAGUACGGGUGCACUAUGGAACAAAUCCGUCGAGCUAACCGUCUUUUUGCAUCUGAUAGCUUGUUUUUGAGACAGUAUCUUCUUAUACCAGUUGAAAAGUCAUCACCAUAUUAUCCAAAGGACGAUAGGCCACAAUCUCUGCCGGUCAGAGCUUUCUCGGUGGCUGGAACUGAAUUUGAAUCAACAAAUCAAAAUCUCUUAGUGCAGUUACAAAACUCCACAUCAUCAGUAAACUCAGUGCAAAAUUAUAAUAAUAAUCAAAAUAUAAAUUGCAACAAUAAUAGUACGAAUAGCAGUUGUAGGUCAAUUGAGUCAAUAAUGAGUCCAGAAGAAGAAAAUAAACGUUCCAUAGAUGAAUUUUUGGGUAAAAUCGAUACUACUAUAGCUGAAUCAAAGAAAUAUGUCGCAAAAUCUCAACAUGGUAGUAAUGACAUGAUAACCAGUCAGAGUGAUGAUGAUUUAUUUUCCUCAAAUUAUCAAGGUGGAAAUAUUGGAGGUAAUUCUAAUAAUGGAACCAAACGUUAUCAUUACCAACAAUCAUCAUCAGCAUCAACAAGUUGUUCUUCAUCAAAUCAUCAUACUAGACAUAGUUCAUCUGGAAGUACAUCUGAUACUGCACAUUUGCUUAACUUAAAUCAAGGUAAACGUGUACAAAAUUCAUUGCAACGCCUUGAAAAGGAACAAGAUGAAUUCUUCGAAUUGUAGCAUAAGGCCAAUCAUAAUAAAAAUAAUAAUAAUUAUCAAAUACAAAAAUACUAUUAUUAUAAUUAUCUUUACUGUGUUAAUUUUGAAUCAGUGCGGAAUAGUUUCAGAAAUAUAUUUAGGAGUGUUAAAAAUCGAAAGAAAAAAAGCAAAAAUUUUCAAAGUUAUGAUAAUUGUAAAUAAAAUAUAUUGAUUGUAAUAUAAAUACAUACUUAUAUAAAAAAGGUCCCACUGAAUACACCAAGUUAUUCAUAUUUUAAAAAUAAA